AUGGAAACAGGAAAUGAAACAGGAGUCACCAACUUCCUCCUGCUGGGAUUCACAGAUGACCCUGGCCUGCAGUCCCUCCUCUUUGGGCUGCUCCUGCCCAUGUACCUGGUCACCAUUACAGGGAACCUGCUCAUCAUCCUGGCCAUCAUCUCAGACUCUCACCUCCACACCCCCAUGUACUUCUUCCUCUCCAACCUGUCCUUUGCUGACAUCGGUUUCACCUCCACCACUGUUCCAAAGACACUGGUGAACAUUCAGACUCAGAACAAAGCAAUCACCUUUGCAGGCUGCAUCACACAAAUAUUUUUCUUCAUUGUGUUUGGGUGCCUGGAAAAUUUACUACUGACAGUGAUGGCCUAUGACCGCUUCGUGGCCAUCUGUCACCCACUGUACUAUGUGGUCAUUAUGACCCCACGGUUCUGUGGGCUGAUGGCUCUGGGGUCCUGGUUGAUCAGUCUCAUGGGAUCACUACCAGAGACUUUGACUGUUCUCACACUCUCCUUUUGUAAAAACACAGAAAUCCCCCACUUCUUUUGUGAUCCCCCUGAAGUCCUGAAGCUUGCAAGUUCUGACACCCUCCUUAAUAACAUAGUGGUGUAUUCUGUGACCAUCGUCCUAGCUGUUUUUCCUCUUACUGGGAUUCUUUUCUCUUAUUCUCAGAUUUUCUUCUCCAUUCUGAGAAUCUCAUCAGCAGGGGGCAAAUACAAAGCCUUUUCCACCUGUGCAUCUCACCUCUUGGUCCUCUCCUUGUUCUAUGGCACAGGCCUUGGGGUCUACCUCAGGUCAGUAGCCACACCAUCCUCUAAGAUGAGUCUGAUCCCCUCCUUGGUGUACACCAUGGUCACCCCCAUGCUGAAUCCCUUCAUCUACAGUCUGAGGAACAGGGACAUACAGGGUGCUCUGGGGAGACUCCUCAGCAAGAUGGAGCUUCUCGGUGAAAAGGCCAUGGCAGGACUCUGA